AUGGUUAAUCUGAGAUCGGGUGGAACGCCUGAUUUAACGAAGGACUACGUGACGACGCGUAGAAGAAGAAGUCCUCAAACACCGGAGGCACAACAAGAAGGACUGGACGCAGGUCUACCAACACCUGCAACCAACAGAAGGGUGAUAGCACCAGAGGCAUUUGAGCCUGACGAGACAAUCGAAGAAGAAUCGAACGGAUCAAGUAUCGAAUACGAAGACCCAGUUGACAACAACGAGAUGUCGGAUAACGCGGGUGGCUCUAGUAGUCGUGAUGAUGUGAGUGAGGAAACUCGCAUGAGAUUGGAGAUCGCGAGACUCCAGCAUGAAGUCCAACAGAUGAAAGCAACUAUAGAAGAUAUCUUUGCUGGGCGGCCUGCCAGCAAUUCCAACACUGCCAGCAAUGCCAACGACGCCAACGAUGAUGUUGGUGAUGAUAUCAGCGAUACCAGUGAUGAUAGCGGCUACGGCAGUGUGGAUAUUGAUAUGGAUUCCAAGAUGGAAUGUUUGGAUGGAUCAAUGGAGGACAAUCCUACAAGUGAUAACAAUCCUACAAGCGAUAACAAUCCUACAAGCGAUGACGAUCCUACAAGUGAUGAUGAUCCCACAGGCGAUGAUGAUCUUGAUACUGAUAGCGACCGUGAUGUGGAUUGGGGGGGCGAUGGGCACCCUAUAUCUAUCAAUAUUAUUGUGCGAAGAGUGAUCUAUGGGAAAGGAUGGGUGGUAGAUGGGGCAGUCCCUACCACAAAGAACAUGGAUAUCUUAACUGGUAAAUGGGUGUUUGAUCGCAAAUUGAACAAUAAGGGAGAGACAAUCCGGUUUAGAGCUCGCUGGGUGGUUAGGGGAUUCCUUCAACAGCAAGGAGUCCACUAUACAAAGUCGUACGCUGCGGUGGUAUCAGGACCCACGUCCCGGAGCUUAUUCGCGAUUUCAGCAGCAAAGGGGUGGAAAGCCAAGGCGAUCGACUACGUCUCCGCGUUCUUGAACGGCAUACUACCGCAGCACGAGAUGGUAUAUAUGCAACUGCCUACAGGGAUUAAGCACGGCAGGGGGGGCCUGGUUGGCCUGCUCCGCCAGAGCCUUUACGGGAUGAAGCAAGCAGCGAGGGUGUGGUAUUUCCUUGCGACGGAACACCUCACCACUCUAGGAUUCAAAAUCUCGCCGUACGAUGGCGGAUUCUUAUAUCACCCUAUUCGCAAGAUCUACCUGACAUUGCACGUCGAUGACUGUCGGGUAACGGGACCCCAAGAGCAGCAAUUAGACUGGAUAUUGGCAGAGAUUGCUAAAAGGUUUGAGACAAAGGAUGUCGAAGAGAACAAGCCCUACCUUGGAAUGGAAGUCAAACGUCAAAUGAACGGCGACCUAGCGGUUACCCAGAACCGUUAUAUCGAUGAGAUCCUUGAGGAUUUUGGAAUGGACAAGGUCAACCCGGCCAGCACGCCGAUGGCGGCCGGCAUACGCCUAGAAUUCUCACCAGAUGAAGAUAGCGGGUUAGAUGACGAUUUUACUGCUACUAGAUAUCGUCAAGGCUUAGGAUCGCUGCAGUAUUUGGUGUCAAGCAGCAGACCAGAUCUGGCAUUCGCGGUCAACUACCUCUCACGUUUCAACUCGCGUCCGCACAAGGAAUGCUGGGCAGCAUUAAAACACGUCCUACGCUACGUCAAGAAAACGAAGGAUCACGGAAUCCUAUACAAGAAGGAGAUGAUUGGGGGACUCAGUCCUGUCGCGUACAGCGACUCAGAUUGGGCAGGGGCAGACCCCCAAUACAAGUCAACUACAGGUUACAUUAUCCUGCUAAACGGAUCACCAAUCUCGUGGCGGUCGCAACGGCAGACCUCAGUUGCAAAAUCAACCACUGAGGCGGAGUAUAUCGCGGCAAGUGAGGCAGCGUGCGAAGUGAUCUGGCUGAAUGACAUGUUAUUUGAUGCUGGAUUAGUAGAAGGGAAAGCGAAGGUAUGCUCGCACCUGCGAGUUGACAACAAGGGCGCGAUAGAUCUAGCAAAAGGGGAGUCCUUGACAAGGAGGUCACGUCACAUCGAGAUCAGAUACCAUAUCCUUCGCGAUCUGGUUGAAAAAGGCGAAAUCAUGAUGGAACACGUUGGUUCUACGGCCAAUAUAGCUGACGGCCUCACCAAGCCACUGGCAAGGCCUGCCUUCGAAGAAUUUGUUAAGAGGAUUGGCUUAAUGGAAAUUGGCAAGAAGGGGUGA